AACAUACUCCGUAUAUGAUAUUCAUUCUUUAUUUGAGUUCUUAAAAAGACCACUGACAAUGGUAUCGAGCGGAUGUUAAUUAGGAAAAGGAAGAACUGACAAAAUGGAAGUGGUGAAAAUAAGUCUAGGGCAGAAAUGGGAUAGAUCCAGCAUUUUAGUUCCUUCCCUGUAUAGGACACUUAGUACAUUGGGUUCCCAGAUAUUGAAAUCUCCUUCUCUAGUUUCCCUUGAUCAUCCCGAUGACUGGUCUCAAUCUCAUGCUGUUAGACAUCCUGGCGGCAGUGCAUCCCCUUCUCAAAAACGUUCUGAUUUUGUAUACAGAAAAGGAGACAGCUAGAAUCAUUGACGGAAAGUCAGUUGCUGAGGAAAUUAGAUUAGGAAUAGCUAAUGAAGUUAGCCGAAUGAAAGAAUCCAUUGGGAUGGUUCCUAGCUUAGGUGUGAUAUUGGUAGGACAAAGAAGAGACUCCCUUGCUUAUGUGCGCAACAAAAUUACGGCUUGCAAAGAAGUUGGUUUCAAAUUUUCAUUGAACCAUCUGUCUGAGAACUGCAGAGAAGAUGAAAUCUGUGGUAAGUUAUCAAGACUCAAUGAGGAUCCUUCGGUUCACGGUAUUCUUGUUCAACUUCCUUUGCCACAGAUAUUCUAUUUCUUAGCAAGUACCCUUUAAAUGAGGGUGUGAGAGCUGCCCUCUUCUUGGGUGAUUGCAGCAUUCCUGAAACUUCCCCUAUGCUUUUUCCGGCACAUAGCCUUUGUCUUCUACUAGAAAGUCAGGGGCAAAGAAAGUUUCAGUGAAAGAUUCAGGGAAUAAUAUUGAUUCGACAAAAUACCCUUCAACUGAGAAGGUAGGAGCUACUGCACUAAUUCUCUUGAAAGAUGAUUUCAGCAUUUACUGAAACAUACCCUAAUCCUUUCCUUUCCCAUCAUAGACUAUCUCCUUCUAAGAAGCUUAAUAUGAAGCAGUUCUAAAGAUGAACUUUUUUUGUUCAUGAGUUGUGGUUGUACUGUUUAAUGGCUAUUGACUAUAUGUUGAUAAGUGAAUUUGAACAGAAUUUGGACAAUGAAAAGAUACUGAAUAUGCUAAGCAUAGAAAAGGAUGUGGAUGGCUUCCAUCCGCAGAACAUGGGAACCUUGGCCAUACAAGGUAAAGAACCGUUGUUCAUACCCUGUACUCCUAAAGGCUGCAUUGAGCUGCUUCUUAGGUCUGAUGUUGAAAUAAUGGGGAAGAAGGCUGUGAUGAUUGGAAGAAGCAAUAUUGUUGGAUUGCCCAUGUUUUUGCUCUUGCAGGCAUCAUGCAACGGUUACCAUUGUCCAUGCAUUUUCGAACAAUCCAGAUGUUGUUGCCCGGGAAGCUGAUAUUUUAAUAGCUGCAGCAGGGGUACCUAAUUUAGUUCGGGGCAGUUGGUUAAAGCCCGGUGCAGUUGUUGUUGAUGUUGGCACUAACCCAAUAGAGGAUGAAGAGAGUGAGCAUGGUUACAGGCUGAUUGGCGAUGUUUGCUUUGAAGAAGCAGUAAGAGUAGCUUCUGCAAUAACUCCCGUGCCUGGAGGAGUGGGUCCCAUGACAGUUGCAAUGCUGCUUUUCAACACACUUCAAGCAGCAAAACGUGUUCUUAGGUUCCCUUGAUUCAAAACUAAUUUAUAGUUUGAGUUUGUGUAGUUCUGUUUGAACACAACUUUUUAUUGACAGUCUUUGGCAGAUCCCAAAAUCUUUUGGGAUUAAGGCUUGAAUGUUGUUGUUGUUUGUAGUCUUUUGCAGAUCGUUUUUGGUGUUCAAUGAAAAGUUCUUUCUUUGGGAAAAAAUGUGUGAAUCUUUAGUCAUUUGGUAUGUGAUCAUGAUAUAUCAAUAAAACCCUAUAAGUAAAGCUUUUUUGCCUUUGGCUUUAAAUUUCCUGGAGUAUAUUUCAGCAGAAUAAUAAGUAAAAAGGUCAUGCAUGCAGUUGAAUAAUUUUUCAAGGAGCUUGGAAACUUGCCUUGAAACACUUUUGGUAGGAAAACGAUCUCUUUAUCACUAUUCUUAUUUCUUCAGUCCAUUUAUCACGCUUUCUUUCCUCUUUCUAUUCGAUAAAAUGUGUACUUGGAGCUAGAUGCAAGAGUCAAUUUCCAAAGGUAUUUGUAUUAAUGUAUAUGAUAUGUUCAUCUACAAAUGAGCUUGUUAACGAACUAGCAGUUUAUUUACAGCCUCAACCACAGGGAUGACAGCUACAAUUUUGGGGAGUAAAAGCACAAUACCCGAAAGGCUUGUUUGGAAGGUCACACUGAAUACCAUAGCAGCACUUCAUCCAAACACAAUUCUCUUCGGAAAAUUGCGGGCAACACUUGCACGGUGCGCAGGUGUGGAAAGUCUCCAGCUUUCUCCUUCCAGCUGUUAUCAUGUGAAGUCUCAACUCUGCGGUGGUGCCCAUCGGCUGUAGCAUUUUCUCCGUCACUACCUGUGAUUCUGAUGGCUUAUCAACUGUGUGAGAUUGAGGAGCUCCUGUGUUUAAAGUUCAGUUUUCAAUUCAGUAAAUUUAAAUACAUAAAAACUCUAAUAUUUUAAGAAUUAUAACCUAAAAGACGUGCCUAGAAAUCAAAGGGAGAACAAUAGAACUAUAGAAGUACCUAGGGGUGGCCCGGUUCCGGUCUGACCAGCCUGGGAACGGAACUGGACCGUCACUGUGUGGGACCGGUUCCGGGCCUAGGAUCGGUGUUAGAGACCUGGACUUAAUAUGUUAGUAAAAUGUAAUAGUGGGCUGGGCCAAUUAAUUAGAUAGAUUGAGGGAAGCCCAUUAGAAAAAGAAUACAUAAGGUGAGCUGGGAGGAGAGAGGGGGGGUGGGAAUUAUCUUAGGCUUGGGACUUGGGACUGGGAGUCGGAACCUUGUUACGACUUGGGAAAUCUGUUUCGUUCUCUAUCUACUUUCUGUUGUACGAACUGAACUACCGCCAUUGUUACAUAUUGAAUUUUCUCCAUUAUUAGCUCUCAAAUUACAGUAACCUAACAUUGGUAUCAGAGCCUUCGUUCCUGUAGCCUAUCAACGGUCGUUACACGCAGAGCGAUGGAAGGAAGAUUGGAGAAAUUGGAGCGCGAGUUGGCGAGGCGAUCCGCAAACAUGAAGCGCGAGUUGGCCAGGUGGUCCGCAGACAUGGAGCGCGAGUAUGAAAGGCAUCGCGAAGAGGACAGAAUCAGUAAUGAGAAGGCCAAGCGCGAUUGCGAGGAGAUACGCGAGAUGAUUAGGAAGGAGCUUAAUCACCACUUUAGCGGUCGAUCAAAAACCUCCAAAACGAGUGCGCGGAAUGGGAGCCGCGACUCCAGAUCCUCUGCAGGUAAGUUGAGAACUUCGUCUCACCGUUCGAAGUCGCGAACCGUUUCUGUGAGUUCGCAGGAUUGGUCGCAAACUUCUUCUCCUAGUCCGUCAGCAUCCUCACGAGCACAAGAGUCCAAUUCGAAAUUCGAAGUUGAUGUUACCAGCUCGCAGGUUACUUCGCAGAAUUCGUCGCUACUGGCUUCGCUGGGAUUACAAGCUUCGUAUCCGGCUAUAACUGUUACUACUAUUUGGCCACGGUUAAAUGAGCAUAACCAAUUGUCAACGCAAAUUUCGUCUAAGGUUUCUGAGUUGGCUCAAGUUUCUAAGCAGGGGGUUUUAUUGUUGACACCAAAUCUGGAAUGGAAACAGGCAGAUACUUCAGUUCUGGAAUCAAAUCCUGACAAGGACACUAAUCAACAGACAGGAUACUCACCAGAAAUUCUGGUGGAAUCCAAACAGCUCAAACCUGAUAUUCCAGGAAAUUGGACCUACCACCAUGAUCCUGCGUUGGGAAUGAACAACAGUUUCACCGGGGCUGAUGAGGAGAGCAGGUCUCACAUACAAAUCCAUACUUAUGAUACUCCAAGUGUGCACCGUCAGAUAUCAAAGGGGAUUUCAAAAGGUUUGACUAAGUUUGAGGGCUUCAGAUUUGAUGGAGAUACUUCUAGUAAGAACACUCAAAAUGUAUUGGGGGAAAGAAUGACUGGAAAUUGGAAGAAAAUGGGUGGAUAUACUACUGAUGGAUACGCUGGCAUGUUCCUGGGGUCUGACCUGGUGUAUAUGGCCAGUACAUCAACCUUGCCUAUCUUAGAUCCACAUGUUUCAUCUGAUGGGACUAAACUUGCAUUUGGGAAACUCAGUGAGCUUAAGGAUGAAAGAAGGACUGAUUCAGAGGCACAAGAGAACCAUGCUCACCCCUGUUCUGGGAAAUCAGAUGCAAAGAUUCCACUUGGGGUAGAGUUUUCACAUGGAAGUUUUGUAGAUCGUAUGGAGGUUGUGUGCAAAGGAAAGUUUGCUAUUCAAGAUAGAUUGGAGGGAAUCCUCAGCUCAUACACUGAUGCUAUUGAUGAACGUAACUGGGCGUCCUUUCCUGUACCUGUGAUUCGAAGAGUACAACCGGAGCUGGCUGGCUGGGAAAUUUUCUCACAAUUCACUUCUAAGAACUCUCGUACUGAACCUCAUAUUGCAUUUACCAUUUUGGCUGCUCUUUGUGGAGAAUCUGCAACUAUCCUUAGAAACAACACAUUAAUUUGGGAUGCUGACAGGUAUUUACGAACUACACUUGAACAUUACCAUCAGUUAGCUACCAAGUUGGGCUCAGGAUCAUGUCAUUAUAUGUACGUUGGUUCCAAUAGAGUAGCAAUGAGUAUUGAUGGAUUCCGAUUAGAUAGUGUUACUUCUAUGAUGUGCACUCAACAUGUUGGAUAUGUUACUGAGUUUGAAGCUGACGUGAAUCUGAGGCAGAUCAAAGAUCUCUUUCCUGGUCUCUUCACAGAUGUCUUAAUCGUGGGCGAAGAUGUUAAGGGGCUGCCAACAGUUUGUAUACUUGUUCAAGAGGAGGCUGUAGGUUUUGACUACCUGUUUCUUAUGAUUAAUGCUGGUAAGUGGAUCAAGAUAGUCAAGAAAAAAGAGGAGGAUGGGGAAAAUGGCUCUACGGAAACAUCUAGUGUCUGCAGUCAGUUAAAUGAGGAUAUAUAUAUUACUGGGUCUCAACACCCUGACCAGGAACUGGCUACAUAUACUCAAACAAAGCCAGCCUUACAAGCUGCACAUAAAGAGACAAGGAAGGUCACAUUUGAUCCUUUUGAUCUUCCAAGCGAUGUUGAAACCCUUAACCAGAUGGUUUAUCAUGUUCAUGGUGGUGAAAUUGCAGUGCCAUUUUGUGUGGUGGGGUUCAUGUUUUGUCAGAUUCAAGCUUCACCCCGAUGGAUAGCUACAAUAUUAAAGUGGGGACUGAAAGUGUUGCUUGUUGCUUCCGUUUUCUGUACAACAAGUUGUUUUAUCUCUGUUUGGCAUGACACUAGCAAAGAUUGUUCCCUCUGGAAGCUAGUCCACGGUUUCCCACUCGGCUUUCCAAGAAAGCAAGUGACAGUCAACUCUAUGCCUUGGGAAGGUGAAGUUGCAGAGAGGGUUUGGUGGAGUCUUUCAAUGGAAGUUGAUUGGAGGGAUGCUCUUGGGUGUACUCAAAAUGCGGCUGAAGAUGACAUUCCUUCACUGGACAACAUCAUUGCGGUUAUGGAUGCAGAAUCUAGGAGUAGCUUGGAGACAACUCUAGUAGAUGCUACUAAACCAAACCAACCAUCAGUGGAAAAAUGGGCUAAGCAGAACAAUAGAGCUGGAGUUUUUGAUGCACUUUGUGGAAGAAUAGAUGUGAAUGAAGUAACGAGUAAGAUUCAAGUAUGGGAGCUCCUUGUCCAGCAAACAGUGAGGUACUGGGAAGGAAGGGGCACGAGGAUGAAGCUGGAUGGCAUGGCUGCUCUUACUCCCCACCUUGAGGACAAGGUGGUCGUCAAAGGGGGGAGUGAUGUUAGAGACCUGGACUUAAUAUGUUAGUAAAAUGUAAUAGUGGGCUGGGCCAAUUAAUUAGAUAGAUUGAGGGAAGCCCAUUAGAAAAAGAAUACAUAAGGUGAGCUGG